CUGGGUGGUUAUUCGAGUCGAUUCGAUCCGAUUCGAGUCGAUUCGAGUCGAUUCGAGCCGAUUCGAGCCGAUUCGAGUCGAUUCGAGCCGAUUCGAUCCGAUUCGAAUCGAUUCGAGUCGAUUCGAAUCGAUUCGAAUCGAUUCGAAUCGAUGAAAAAUUGGGGUUUUCGCCUUCACAGUUACUUCUGGGUGGUUAUUCGAGUCGAUUCGAUCCGAUUCGAGUCGAUUCGAGUCGAUUCGAGCCGAUUCGAGUCGAUUCGAGUCGAUUCGAGUCGAUUCGAGCCGAUUCGAAUCGAUUCGAAUCGAUUCGAAUCGAUGAAAAAUUGGGGUUUUCGCCUUCACAGUUACUUCUGGGUGGUUAUUCGAGUCGAUUCGAUCCGAUUCGAGUCGAUUCGAUCCGAUUCGAGUCGAUUCGAGUCGAUUCGAGCCGAUUCGAGCCGAUUCGAGUCGAUUCGAGCCGAUUCGAUCCGAUUCGAGUCGAUUCGAGUCGAUUCGAGUCGAUUCGAGCCGAUUCGAAUCGAUUCGAAUCGAUUCGAAUCGAUGAAAAAUUGGGGUUUUCGCCUUCACAGUUACUUCUGGGUGGUUAUUCGAGUCGAUUCGAUCCGAUUCGAGUCGAUUCGAGUCGAUUCGAGCCGAUUCGAGCCGAUUCGAGUCGAUUCGAGCCGAUUCGAAUCGAUUCGAAUCGAUUCGAAUCGAUGA